AUGUCGCCAGACCUAAAACCUAUUGAGCAUCUACUAGCUGGCUGUAAACUCACAUAUGAAUCCUGUGAGGCUCUGACCUCAGCUCUGCAGACACCAAACUCCCCCGUAAGAGUACUGGACCUCAGCUACAAUGACCUGGGAGACAGAGGAGUGGAGCUGCUCUGUGUUGGACUAACCAGUCCACUCCGCAACAUGGAGAGACUUGUACUGGAUCACUGUGACCUCACAUAUAAAUCCUGUGAGACUCUGACCUCAGCUCUGCAGACACUAAACUUCCCCCUGAGAGAACUGGACCUCAGCCACAACAAUGACCUGGGAGACAGAGGAGUGGAGCUGCUCUGUGUUGGACUAACCAGUCCACUCUGCAACAUACAGACACUAGUUCUGGGUCAGUGUGGUCUGACAGAGGGUUGCUGUUCUGAUCUGGCCUCAGUCCUGAGUUCACCCAACUCACAACUGAACCACCUGGAGCUGAGAGACAAUGACCUGCAGGACUCAGGAGUUACACUGCUGUCUGCUGGACUGAAGGAUCCAGACUGUAAACUACACACACUGGGUCUAGGUCAGUGUGGUCUGACAGAGGGUUGCUGUUCAGAUCUGGCCUCAGUCCUGAGUUCACCCAACUCACAACUGAAACAACUGGAGCUGAGAGACAAUGACCUGCAGGACUCAGGAGUUACACUGCUGUCUGCUGGACUGAAGGAUCCAGACUGUAAACUACACACACUGGGUCUAGGUCAGUGUGGUCUGACAGAGGGUUGCUGUUCAGAUCUGGCCUCAGUCCUGAGUUCACCCAACUCACAACUGAAACAACUGGAGCUGAGAGACAAUGACCUGCAGGACUCAGGAGUUACACUGCUGUCUGCUGGACUGGAGGAUCCAGCCUGUAAACUACACACACUGGGUCUCGGUCAGUGUGGUCUGACAGAGGGUUGCUGUUCUGAUCUGAACUCAGUCCUGAGUUCACCAAACUCACAACUGAAACACCUGGAGCUGAGAGACAAUGACCUGCAGGACUCAGGAGUUACACUGCUGUCUGCUGGACUGAAGGAUCCAGACUGUAAACUACACACACUGGGGCUGUCUGGCUGUCUGGUCACAGAGGAGGGCUGUGCUGCUCUGUCUUCAGCUCUGAGGUCAAACCCCUCCCACCUGAAAGAGCUGGACCUGAGCUACAAUCACCCAGGAGACUCUGCAGGGGGACUGCUUUCAGCUGCUCUGUCUUCAGCUCUGAGGUCAAACCCCUCCCACCUGAAAGAGCUGGACCUGAGCUACAAUCACCCAGGAGACUCUGCAGGGGGACUGCUUUCAGCUGCUCUGGUAGAUCCCACAUAUAAACUGAAAUGCCUGUCAUCUCACCUUAGACCCAAGAACAGCAAACCCAAACCUGAUACUGUCUGA